AUGGAUCGUCGGGCUUCAAUUUCGCCGUGUACUAUUACACUCAGCUACCGCGGAAUGAUUCAGGCGGCGAGAGAUAAUCUUGCAGACGUGCAAUUCCGAAAAAUAAUGCGAAUUCUUAUAUCCGGAAAAAGUUCUGUUUGUCGCGAGGUGUUUGGAUCGACACUGAACGAGAGUCGUGCUCCAGACUGUGGAGUUGAAGUUGAUCGAUACACCAGUCGCUAUUAUCUGACGCACAACGCCCUGGAGAUGGCUUUUGAUAAACUGCUGGAAGCAGGUUUCACCUUGGUUGGUUGCUGCGGUGAAGCUUCGACAACUAAUAGUUCUCAAAAGAUAAAACCCACUGCCGACGUGGACGAAGGACGUUACCAGUUUUUCCAUGAAUUCUAUUUUGUCCGAUAA